AUGGAUCAUCUGCAGCCCUUCACCUUUGGGGGUUCGCCUCGGACCCAUUCAGAACCCAAGGCUAAACCCGCACCGCUGGAUCGGCCUUCCUUCACAUUCAUCGAUCACGAUGAUGACUUGACCUCCAAGCGGAUUAAAGAUGUCAAUGCUCGCAAGGCCAUUCGGUCCCAUGUCAUGCGUGAUGUACGCCGACGCGAGAGACUCGCGGGGUUGAAACGAACGUCCCGACAAAAUCGCGGGCAAUCUGAUGCGUCCAAAAAUAUCGUCAAUGAAUCAGACGAGCAGAGAGUGGUGAUCAGGGCUUCAUCGCAGUCCUCUAAUUCGUCUUCCGUGCUAGAUGCAGACUCCAGAGACGGGUUUGCCUUGAUGUACCGACGAGGGCGCCCUACCAGAUGGUGUGCUGGUUAUCCUUUGCCACUCCAUUCAAAUCCUAAUCCCCCUACAUCAUGGUUUCUCGACCCGUUCUUUACGUUGCCGGGUACUAGUGAGCUUCCUUCAAUGGUCGCGCACUUAGUGUACUACUGGAAAACCAUUUUCGUACCGAUGACAUUCCCGAAUACAAGCACAGACUCGAGUCAAGAGAUGGAAUUGAUGGCUCGAUCAUCAUUUUCGGAUCCGGGCAGUUUCUUCGGGUUGAUGAGUAUGUGCGCAGCACAUCGGGCCGUUCUCGCAAGCCAGCGAUCGGGCGUCUGGGACUCGACGCUCGCCAACGAUCCUGACUAUUGUAUGAUGAGAGCAAAAGCCUUCCAAGAAAUGACUGCGAAAGUACGGGAUCCGAGCCGCAGGCUCAGCAACGAGGCAUUUGAUACUAUAAUCAACCUCCUCACUGGCUCUUUGAUUAUCGGAGAGUUCAGUGAAGUCCAUACUCAUCUAACAGGACUUAAGCAUAUGGUUGACCAGCGCGGCGGGAUAACAGAUGACAGUAUUCGAUCUUCCUCAAUGUUAUCGGCCAUAGUCACCACCGAUAUCAAAGCCGCCUCGGGCCUAAUGACCAAGCCCGUCUUUCCCUUGACCUGGGACGCACAGCCCAUCCCACCGGAAAUUCAAAGACGAAUUAGACCGGUAGCUUCGUCUGCUCUCAACAAGAUCGGCUCGGGGUUUUUCGCUAUCACUCUCCUCAGUCCCUCUUUAUUGAAGAUCAUAAGUGUACUUCGGGACAUGGUUUUCUUCAACAUCACUUGUCAGACGAAUCCUACGGCAAUCAAACCAAAUGACCACGAUUUCUUCCGCGUCCUCAACUGCGAGGCGGAGCAUCAGCUGCUCAGCUACAUUUAUACAGAGGGUUCCCCAAACCCAGAACUUCAUCUUCAUCCAAUUGAAGCGGUCACAAGAGUGGCUUCUAUCUGCUUUCUCAAUCACUUUUUGAUUGUAUCGCCUUCAUCAUCUGGCUUAGGCAGGGCUCUUACGAAGCACCUCAGGACAUUCGCGGGUGAUUGCGAAUUGUCUCUUCUGGUGGGGUUGCCGCAGCAAGACCUUGGGCUCUAUGCUUGGGCAUUGUUCGUUGGAGCCCAGGGUGCCCUUGGCCAGCCUGAGAGACCGUGGUUCGUGGAGCGGCUGGCCCGUGUCGCAAUGAUCUGUGGAUGGCAAUCAUGGGGGCAAGUGUCGAACCUGAUGUUCAAAUUUUUCUUCGUGGACUCAGACAGCUUGAAUUGGCGUGGUAUCUGGGACGAAGCAAUGACAGGGUUUGUGCUAUCCGAGUCGGAGGAACUGGAAUUCUCAUCUUUACUGGAAACGAGUGCACACUCCCUUACUUAG